UCUCUCUCCUCUCGGGAGAAAUAUUUGACGUGGCAAGAGGUCCGGACGUGACACAGUCGCUCAUCAUCUCCCCUCCUACUACUCCUGCUGUCUUUAGCUCAGUCACCUACAAGCAUCUGCAGGUACUGGUCCCGGAACAAAGCGAGUCCUGGUCCACGAUCUGAACCAGGAGGAACAAUGUGGCUGAUUCUGUUGGCCAGUUUACUUCACUGUGCCUCGGCCUACGAUGUGGAUCUGAAGAAACUGGAGGGGCUGGCAAAAGCGAGGGUGGAGACAUGCGGUGGAUGACAGCUGAACAGGCUCAGAGAGGUCAAAGCCUUUGUGAUCCAGGAUAUUCCUCUUUACCAUAACCUGGUGAUGAAGCACAUUCCUGGAGCCGACCCUGAGCUUGUCCUCCUGAACCACUAUUUUGAAGAGCUGGAUCGGAUUGCCCUGUCCGACAUGACCCGCUCUGAGAUUAAUGAGCUGCUGGAGAAACUGGGUUUCUACAAGAAGGCUCAACCUGAGGACGAGGUGCCAGAGGAGUUUCGCUUCUCUCCUGCCAAAGACAGCCCGUUUAAAGACGACCCGGGUUACAAGUCCUCCACUGCUUCUCUUGCUACAGACAACGCCUCCUCAGAGCCCAACGCAGAAGUCAAGCACACUGACCUAUAACCCAUCAGUGGAGUGGAGAAUAGUAGAAAUGUAACAGUACCACUCUUCCCCAAAGCUGCUCCAUGACCAGCUGGUUAUUGCAGUUGAUGACAGAAAUGUUAUUUCAGAACGAGGCCAGCAGAUCAUAGAUCAGCCCUUGGGGAACGACACAAUCUUAGCAUCAGCAUAAGGCCUUUUAAAGGUCCACAGUCUGAAUUUGCACAUAUUGUUCUUGCUGUUUGUUCUGUUUUUGUUUUUUUAAGCAGUGAUAAUAGCCCAGCAGGCUGCUUUGUGAGUGCUUUUCUACUCUCCACACUAAGACUGGAAGUGUGUUUGUUAUGUUUUGGUUUUUGGUCCAUCAUGUGUCAUCCGUCUUCAGGAUCUUUGCCUCUCGAGUCCUCUUGUGUGUCUGAUUGCUUCCUAUCUACUGUGAAACUAAAUGAAGCCUCAGGCUGAAAAUCGUCCGACUGGCCUGAGGCUGAUGCUACAUGGUCUGGUGGGUUGGACUAAUGACACACAAGAGGAUUCAAGUGGAAGGAUAGUAAAAGAAGAAGAAAAUAAUAAAAUGUUUGAAAAAAUUGCA